AUAGUCGAUAGUCUCGAACUCGUAAGUUCUUUUACGCAUGCUUGUAGUGUCGCUGUCGUCGAUGUAUUCUUGUCAACACGUGACUGCUAAACGUGUUGUAUGAAAGAGGUUAUGUAGCUUCGUGUUGUUUUUAACGUGUAUUUUAUAAACGUGUGUUUAUUCAAUUGCCAUCUUUUUUUUUAUAAAAUCGUUCAAUGACUAUACAGGAGAUGGAUAUUUGUUUAAAUAUUUCGACGGAACCUGCUGCUGGAGUAUCUGCCAAUACAAAAAGAAGGUCUAUGCUGAAAAGUUCUGUUAAAAAAUUAAAGAAAGUAGCGGUAGAAAAAAAAGAAAGUAAGAAGAGCAAUAGGUUGCAAGGUGUUCCUUUUAGCCAAACCAAAGGAAUCAAAAGAGUUAAACAAAAAGCAUUGGCAUCUAUAGUCGCCAAAAAAUUACAGCAAAAUAAUAUACACAAUAAUUCGCAGAAUACACAGAAACUCUCUAAUUUACGGAUUCAAUCCAAGAAUAAAAACAAUAUAUCUACAGCUGUAACAAAUAAAUUAGAAAGAGUACUUUCUGCAUCAAAUGUACAAAAUACAGAUACCAAUGAAGUUGUAACAGAAAUUGAUGAGACAGAAAAAAAUGUUAUUAAAGAACCUAUCAUAUCAUUUGUUAAGCCUUCAAAAAAGUUACUGGGUAAGGCAAUUGUAAAAAAAAGAAAUAUAAAUGAGACUGGUUCGAAAAAGUCUUUGUCAGAAAUAUUUUCAAAUCAAGUAAUGACAAAAACUGUAGAAUCAACUUCGUCAGAUGUAACUUUAAAUGUUAAAACAGAUGAGAAAGAUACAGUUCAGGUACCGUAUGAACAAUCUGCAAUAGAACCAUCUAGUAAAAAAUUAGUUCCAAUAAAGCGAUUGAAAAAGUUAGAUAUAAAUACUAAUAAUAGGAAAAAGAAACACUUUAAGAAUAUUACAGAACAUAAAACACAGAAAAAUGAAUCUUCUGAUAAAACUUAUAAAACUUAUAAGAAACAAACUGGAAAAACAUCAUCUUUAUUUAGAAAUAAUCCUGAAGUUCCAAAUAUUGGACAAAGAUUUGUGAAACCAAUUAGUGAAACAGUUUUUACAAAAACAAAUUUUUCAGAUUUUGAUGUACAUCCUUUUAUGGUAUCAAAUCUAGAACAAAAUAUGAACAUUACUAAAAUGACUACUGUGCAACAAAUGACAAUUCCUGAAAUUUUUUCUGGGAGAGAUGUUUUAAUUAGGUCUCAAACUGGAUCAGGUAAAACACUAGCUUAUGCUAUACCAAUUGUUGAAUGCUUACAUAAGAUAAGACCUAAAUUAACAAGGAGUAGUGGAUUAAGUGCAUUAGUUGUUGUACCUACAAGAGAAUUAGCUUUUCAAACUUAUGAGUGCUUUCUGAAAUUAAGGAAACCAUUUACAUGGAUUGUACCAGGUUAUUUAGUAGGUGGAGAAAAAAGAAAGGCAGAAAAAGCAAGGCUGAGGAAAGGUUGUAAUAUUUUGGUCGGUACUCCAGGUAGAUUAUUGGAUCAUAUUAGACAUACUGAAGCAUUAAAAUUAGAUGAUGUAAAACAUUUUGUUUUGGAUGAAGCUGAUAGAAUGUUAGAUGCUGGAUAUGAGAAAGAUAUUGCGGGCAUAGUGGAUGCUCUUAAAGGAAUAAUUACUAAAUCAGAUAACUUAGGUUAUGAUCCUAUGGAAAUGUUAAAACGAAAUAGUAGAAAAGUUUUCACAGAUGAAGAAACCACUCUUUCAGAAGAAAAUCAUAAGAAAGAACGAAGUUUCAAUGGUAAUGAAAUAUCAAACUCUGAAACAGAUAAUAAUGAUAUUAAUAACAAAGAAGAUGUAACUAAACAAGAAUAUCAUUCGAAUAGUGAAAGUGGUUCAGAACAAAAUGAUUUUCCUAUAAAAUCAAAGAAAAAAAAAGAGAAGUUUCUUGCGAAACCUACAAAAAAGAAAGAAGAAGAUUUAAAAACAUCUCAAGAUCUCACACAAUUUCCUCCAAAAAGACAGACAAUUCUUUUAUCUGCAACAUUAACUCAGGCUGUGGAAAAAUUAGCCGGUCUAGCUAUGCAUAAUCCAAUUUUUGUUGAUGCUGCAAAAGAAAAUCUAGUAACAAUUGACGGAGACGAGAAUCAGAUUAACGAAGAUUUUGUAGUUCCUCAAAGUGUGCGUCAGUAUUAUAUAGUAACUCCACCAAAACUACGUAUGGUCACUUUAAGCGCUUACAUCAUUGAUAGAUGCAAGCAAUCUGGUCAUAAUAAAAUGUUAGUAUUUAUGGCAACACAAGACAUGGUUGAUUACUAUACAGAAAUCUUAUCUGCUGUCUUAACUAAACAGAGAGACGAGGAAGACGAAGAUUCUGAUCCUCUCAUAAAUGUGGAAUUUUUAAAAUUACACGGUAACAUGAGCCAAAAGGAAAGAAUGGAAGUUUUUAAAAACUUCAGGCUAACAAAUAGCUCCGUUCUGUUAUGUACAGACGUCGCAGCGCGUGGAUUGGAUUUGCC